AUGGGUAAAAUUCCACUUAAGUUACCAAGUUGUGCUGUGCUAGUUUUGUGCUUGCAAAUCCUCUCCGUCAAAGGAUCACAGAAUGAUGACGAGAAGUAUCGUGCCCAUUUAGGGAAAGAAUCGAAUGAUAAUCUGUUCCUGACGGCAGAAAGGGAUCACAAUGUGACACUACGUCUAAUGGGCGAAGCGGCCACCGUGAUGAUCAACGAUGUGGAUAUGUUGACAUUGCUCCGACGACGCCAAAGGAUUGUGGCUGAUCGACAGGCGGCGGCUAAAAGGGAACCCCUAUCGCUGGACAUUGUCAAGGAUCAGUUCCGCGAUGUGAAGCGCAAGUUCACAAAGAUAGAACGACGUGUGUCCAAUGCCAGAAAUUCAACACGAAGGAGCGGUCUUAAUCAACGCCUCCUGCGUCGGCAGUUGCAGCGCGUGGAACGAGUUUCUGGCAUCCUGCGCACCAUCGCAGCGAACCUGGCCAGGGACGAGUGCCAGUCGAGUCCGUGCCAGAACGGUGGAAUCUGCCACGAUGCCUACAAUGGAUUCCAGUGCGAGUGUACGGCAGCCUGGCAAGGUCCCACCUGUGAGGAAGAUGUGAAUGAAUGCUUUACCCUGGCUGGCACGGAUCUUGCCGGAUGCCUGAACAAUGGCCAGUGCAUAAACACUCCCGGCGGAUAUCGUUGUGUCUGCCGCAAUGGCUUCUCCGGUGCCCACUGCCGACUCCGUCAGAACUCCUGCUUUGGGAGUGGAUCCAAGGAACUGUGCGGAGAGCAUGGCACCUGCAUACAGACGGGUAGCGCCGCCGGUUACGUGUGCGUCUGUGAUCAGGGCUGGACAUGGGCGGAUAUGAAUAUGACCUCGCCAAGUGCCAGUCCCUGUACACGGGAUGUGGACGAAUGUGCGCCGAGCGUGAAUCCUUGUCACGAUCUAUGUAUCAAUCUGCCGGGAAGCUAUCGCUGCGGUCCCUGUCCCAGCGGCUACACGGGCGAUGGACGCUUCUGCCGCGAUGUGGACGAGUGCGCCGGCGAGAAUAACGGUGGCUGUAGCUUGCAGCCUCGAGUUGCCUGCAUCAACACAGAGGGCUCCCAUCGCUGUGGCCGCUGUCCACCGGGUUGGAGAGGUGAUGGACGCAGUUGCACGGCCGCUGAUUCGAACUCGUGCGACCAGGAGGAUAUAUGCCAUCCGCUGGCCAAGUGCGAACUGAUUUCAGGGACGGUUGUGUGUACCUGUGCGCUGGGCAGCUUUGGCCAUGGCUAUGGCGCUGAUGGAUGUACCAAGGAUCCGAGCCGCGAGCCCUGCGACCAGCAUCCGUGUCUGAACAAUGGGACGUGUGUGCAGAGCGGCAGAGGAACCACCUGCAUCUGCCAGCCAGGAUACACGGGAGCUCUGUGCAACUCAUCGGAUAUCUGCCACCCAAGUCCGUGCCUCAACGGAGGCACCUGUCGUCUGCUGCCGGGUAACCUGUACCAGUGCCACUGCCCAGCCGGCUUCACCGGCACCAGAUGCUCCCAUGAGCGGUUCUUCUGCGGAUCCACAAUUCUUGGACCAACGGGUCAACUCCACUUCCCGCAAAACAGCGCCGAAAGUGAAUACCAGGCUGACGAACGCUGCCCCUUUAUCAUACGCACUACUAAGGGCCAAGUUCUCAACUUGACCUUCACCCAAUUUGAACUGCAGAACAGCACGGACUGCUCCGCGGAUUUCCUGCAGCUUCACGACGGCUACUCCAUAGCCUCGCGAAUGAUCGGUCGGUUCUGCGGAUCGCAGCUACCGCUGGGCAAUGGAAGUGUGAUCACCACCCAGGAGCAGGCAUUCUUUUGGUUCCGUUCGGACAACGAGACGCAGGGAAAGGGUUUUCAUGUCAUCUGGAACUCACUGCCGUUCUCUUGCGGUGAGAUCCUUGACAAUCUGACUCUGGGUCAGACCGGAAUCCUACGAUCUCCGGGGUAUCCUGGUCUGGCCCGAUCCGGACUUGACUGUCGCUGGCAGCUAACAUCACCGUUCGGUACCCGUCUACUCCUCCGGUUCUACGACAUCACAUUGGGCAGCAGCGAUGCCGCGGCAGUGAACUGCAGCCAGGAUUCCGUGACCGUUUACGACUCGGACCACAAGCUACUCCGGGCCUGCAAAUCCGUCAAACCAGAGCCAUUGUAUAGCUCCUCGAAUAGUGUGCUCCUGGAGCUGCACACGGACGAGCUGCGCUCAGAUAGCUCCUUUCAGGUGCACUACGAGGUGGUGUCUGGCCAGCCAGGCUGCGGAGGAGUCUUUACGGAGCCGAGCGGCCGUAUCAGUGGGCACAUGAAUGCCGAGGUCUGCCUUUACCUAAUUGAGCAGCCACAAUUUACACAGGUGAAAUUGGUGUUGGAUCAGGUGAAUCUGAUACAGUCUGAGAGUUGUCGUCUUCAAAAGAUUGAAAUCUUUGACGGAGACUCCACAGAUUCGCCCCUAAUGCAAAGAAUAUGCGGCCGACCAGAGGCCAGUGAGCUUGAACCGCUGAUCUCCCAGAGAAAUAAGGUCCUGGUGCGCUAUGAGUACGUACUGAGUGGCUUAAAAUUGAAAAAGGGCUUCGAGUUGACCUAUAGUAGAGUGUGCACGGGUACUUUUGGUCCUCCUUUAGGCUACAUCACCACUCCCAAUUAUCCGCGCUCCUAUCUCGGCGACAUGACCUGCACCUACAACAUAACCGGCAGUGAUGGCGUGAUUCAAAUGAACAUCACAGAUCUGUCUCUGGGCACGGCCAAUGAAGGAAUGGAAACCAACUAUCUGGACGUGUACUUGGGGAAAGAUGAAAAGCGGCAUAUUGUAAAGUCCACCGAUAACCUAUUGCUGCUUUCCCACUACAAUCGGGCCAGUCUGGUCUUCCGCGGAUCGAGCAACGGCCGGGGCUUGCGUUUGGAAUACAAAUUUCUGCCCAACGGCUGCGUAGGGUUCCUUGACAUCCCGCGCAAAAUUUACGUAAAACAUGUUCGGAGUACAUUUUGCCAGUGGUACAUUGAUUAUCCUGGAAGGAAACGAAUAUCUGUCUCAGAUUUGUUUGCCUCUGGCAAUAUUCAGAUUUAUGAUAACAGCACAAGCCCAGGAAUAUUACUAAAUAGUUAUUCUGGGGGAUUUUCUAACGACUUCGAUGGAGAUCUGUUGACUAUAAACUUAAUCAGAGAUUUUAUAUACAUAUUUAUAUAUUCAUUAAUAUUCUUUAUAAUCUACUUUGUAGAAUGUGGAGGAACAUUCACAAAUAUCUUCGGCCAUAUAAAAUCACCGAAUUGGCCCAAGGAAUAUGGGGAAUCCCAGAACUGUGAGUGGAUUAUUCGAGCACCGCUAGGCCAUCGCUUGGAAUUGGUGGUGAAGAACUUUACGCUAGAAGAUUCAUUCCAUGACGAUAUCUGUUCAACUGACUGGCUAGAGAUUAGGAAUGGGGACUCGGAGUCUUCGCCCUUGAUUGGGCGGUAUUGCGGCAGCCGGAUUCCACGUCUUCCCUCGUAUGGCAAUGUCAUGCACCUAAAGUUCCAUUCGGAUGACAGCAUACAGCGACGGGGAUUUCUAAUCAGCUGGCAGCAGAUGGGUGCCGGGUGCGGCGGCAAACUAACCUCACACAACGGAGCCAUACAUUCGCCUCAUUUGCUGGCCGGAAAUCGUGGUGUCUUGGCCUGCGACUGGCAGAUUGUAGUGGCCGAGGGAUCCCGGGUGAGUCUGCAGCUGGAGAGCAAUGACAAGCGCCUCUGCCUGGGUCAGCUGAGCAUAUUUGAUGGUCCCACCACGGCCAGCAGGCCGCUGGUGUUGCAAUGCAACGGGACACGAGCGCAGUUGCUCCAGUCCACCAGUAAUCGCGUCCUCGUCCGCUACGAUGUUAGCAGUGCCUAUCCCGAUGGCACCGAUUUCGUACUUAACUACCAAACGGUAUGCCAUGUCCGACUUGAUAAGUUGCUGGGAGCCAUUGAGACACCCAAUUUUCCGGAGAACUAUCCGCCGAUGGCCAACUGCGAAUGGGAUAUACGUGCCGGCGGCCGUACGAAUCAUCUGAGACUAGUGUUUUCACACUUCGCCGUGGAGCUUCCCCGAAGCAGCUCCUGCGUAUUCGACCAUUUGACGGUGCAGGACAUGCAGGACGAUCAGGUUCUGAGUGAGCAAAAACUGUGCACAAACGACGGCAUUGCCCCCAUUACGAGUGUUGGCAAUCGAUUGCUUCUUCGAUUCAAGAGCGAUUCGUCGGACCAGGAGCGUGGCUUCCGGGCCGAAUACCAGCGAAUAGGAUGUGGAGAGCAUUUAUAUGCAACUGGAGGAAGACUUGAAUCUCCAAAGGCCCCAUUCAGCGUAGACAUGGAUUGCGACUGGUUCAUUACAGUGACGGUGGGCAUGCAAGUCCGCCUCCUGCUACACGAGCUCCACUUUGAGGCCUCCCGGGAGUGUGGUCCCACAGAUGUGCUCUCCGUGUCCGCUCCCGCUGGAUUCAACUCCUCGGUGGAGCUAUAUCGAAGCUGUCGUGAGGAGAUGCAAACGCAAACCUUCACCUCGCCUGGCAAUGAGCUGCGCGUGCGCUUUGUCGGCAGCUCGGAACGGGCGAGGAAGUACUUUAAAGCCUCCUAUGUCCAGGUGCCGGCCAAUUGUGGUGGCUAUAUGACGAGCAGCAGCGGCAUGCUCACAUCUCCAGGAUACCAUGAUGUUCCAGACAGCAGUAAUGUUGCCAACUUCUCCACAAACAUGGAGUGCAUUUGGCUUGUUCAGGUAUCUGAAAGUUAUGGCAUCCGUCUCUGGUUCGAGCAGGUCAAUCUGACGGACUCUGUCAACUGCUCCGUCAGCUUUGUGGAACUCACCAAACUGGAGGCGGAUGGCACGGAAAAGUUUCUGGAGAAGGCUUGCGGAGAUGGACCGCCGUUGAUUCGCAUAGUGCACGGUCAGAAGCUACGGGUGCGGUUCAAAGCCCAAGCUGGUUCCUGGGGUCGAUUUGCCAUGCACUACGAACGCCAAUGCGGUGGACCAGUCUCCGCCGGCGAGGGUUACCUGCGAUCCCGAUUGGACGAGGAUUGUAGCUGGUUGGUAACAGUGCCGCCUGGUAGCAAACUCAGCCUGCGGAUUAACCACCUGGAUUGCUCGAAGGAUGCUUUAGGCUCUCAAAAUUCCACAAAUGGUGUUCAAAUACUUAAUGAUGAUGAUCAGGUGCUGCUUGCCAAGUUGUGCCCGGACCACCUUGCCAACUUUCUAGUGUCUGCCAGCAAUGUGCGCAUCCUGACCAAAGGAGUUCGCCUGGAGGCGCAAUAUGGCAAUCUGGAGAACACAUGUGGCGGCAAUAUCACCUCUCCCCGUGGCAGUUUGGGCUCUCCUAACUACCCGGACAGCUAUCCGGCCAAUGUGGAGUGCGUGUGGCGCGUGGAGAUUCAACCAGGCAAUGCCCUGGAGGUUAAUUUCGAGGCCAUUGAUAUUGUACAUUCGGAGCACUGCAACGAAGACUACCUGGAGCUACGCUCUGGUGUUCUGGGCCCAUUACUGGGCUUAUACUGUAGCAAGGAAGUGCCGGACAAGCCGUUGGUUGUGACCUCACAGCUGUGGAUCAAGUUUCGUAGUAAGCCGGGCAACACGGCGGCAGGUUUCAAGUUGCAUUGGAGCUACAUGCACAACAUGGAAUUUACAAUGAAAUCCAAUGGAACCAUUGAGUCGCCGCCACUUGUUAGUGGGGAUGAUCAACCCUUCACCUGGAGGAUAUUCACAGCCCGCGAAAAUGUUGUGAUAGUCAAAUUUGAAGAAUACAUCUCUGGACUAGCUCUCUUUGACGGAUACGAUGAUAAUGCCUUGGCUGUCUCAAUCGAAAGCAGUCCCUGGACUUUCACUUCCAGCAGUAAUGUGAUUUACCUAAAGACUCUGAAUGCUGAAUUCAGUCCAUUCCGUUUGACGUGGCAGACCCCUGACAGCAAUCUUGUAAAAGGCAACGAAACCCUGACUACACGGGAAUGCACAAAGGUGUAUACAAUGGCCCCGGCUUCGCGUGAGGUGGUGAGAACGGAGGGAUAUCCGGUCGGCUAUCCACCCAAUCUAAAUUGCCAAUGGACCUUUAAGCCGGAGGAUCCUUCACAGCAUAUUUCCACCAUUAUGUACUCGGUUGAUCUGGAGAACUUUCCCGAAUGCGCCGCCGACUAUGUGAGAAUGCAAAGUUCUCCUGAUCUUAGCCACUGGACCGAAGAGCUAAAGAUUUGUAAGAAGGGACAUUUGCAGCGUCGAAUCCAUGGGACUCCAAAUCUCAGGAUAGAGUUCCGGAGUGAUGCCUCCUUUAACAGAACUGGCUUCCAGGCAUCUGUCCACACAGAAUGUGGCUCGAACAUGACGGGCAAUGUUGGCACCAUUCCGAAGCAGACAAGGUUCGUAGAUUGCGUCUGGCACAUCGAGGUGCGGCCAGGCCGAAAGAUAGACAUAAGCAUCAAGUACGAAAGUCUACCUGGCAGCCUGCUGCCAUGUCCAUACUACGGGCUAAUCUACGAUGGAUUUGAUGAUCAUGCGCCAUUGCUGGAUCAUGGAAAGUUCUGUAACCGAGAGGGCUUUCAGAAGAAAUCAUUCCGAACUAGUAGCUCGCAUGCCUACGUCAAAUACGUUGCAAGCAGUGCUAGGAAUGUGAUCGCCGGUGACCAAUGGUCACUCACGUAUCGGGAGUUCAGCGAUUGUGAUGGUGAGAUUAAGCUGACCCAGCAAGCUCCAUCGUUUGUGAUCACUUCGCCCGGUUAUCCACAUCUGCCGCAUCCUUAUGCGGACUGCACGUGGUUGGUGAUAGCACCGCCGGGGGAAAGUGUUGCCGCCAACUUCGAGGAUCCCUUUGAGCUGAGUCUACGACACUGCGACAAGGAGAACGUGGAAUUCUACGAUGGAUCCACCACAAUGGCCAAGUUCCUGAAACGCACGUGCCGCAAGCUUCAGGAGACAUUACGGAGCUCGGGCAACCUGCUCUUGGUACACUACACGUCGCAGCUCAGUGAACCCCACGGAGGCUUCCGACUAAACGUGUCCCUGAGCACCUGCGGUGGCCAGUUCAGUGCCAGCUGGGGUUCUAUCACUUCAGAGAACUAUCCGGCUCUGAGUGGCUAUCCCAAGCCGUCGGAGUGUGUGUACAGAAUCCGGCUGCCCAAGGACAUGUUCAUUGAGUUAAGCAUAAUCGAUCUUCAUCUGCCGUUUCAUCCGAAUGGAACAUCAUCCAAAAGUACCAGCGAUCGCCUCGAAAUCCUGGACAUGGCAAACAACGAACGAGAGCUUAUGAUUCUGGACGGAAGUACAGUCACGCCCAUGAUUGUUACCCUUAACACCAACGAUGCGGCUAUCCGCUUCGUGGCAGUACAAAAUGUGCAGAACUUCCGGGGAUUUAAGCUGCAGUACAAGCGAUCAGUGGGAUCAUGCUCACGGGAUGUGAAUGGAGCUUCAGGGAACCUCGAGAUUUCGCCCAUGGCACCGUCAACCUGGCUGAGAUUCUGUCGCUGGAGCAUCAAUGUACCCAAGGGUCAGCGUGUAAAGCUGGAGCUUCUUAAUUUGGCGGAUAUGCGACUUGCCAAUAGAAACUAUACAGCCACUAGAACUUUAACUGAACGCAAUCGUUUAUCGAAUAUGCCCCACUUUUCAUUCUACAACGACGCAAACUCCCUAUCCAAGAUCACCGAGUUUCGGAUAGAGGGCUACAAUGGCAGCGGCAUUAUCGAGUCAACGGACAACUUUAUGCUCGUUACUGUGAUGAGCAACCAAUUGGAUUUUAGUGCUACCAAGUUGAAGGCACGCUACAGUUCCAAUGAACCCACCAUUUGUCCGCCGAAUAUCGGAGAUCAGGCUUCAGGAUCAUUGUCUAUCCAAUCCCUCGCCCAGCUGACCGGCUACUAUUGCAGCGUCCAAUUUAAAUGCGUUUCGGGCACAACGCUCACCUUUAAGGUGGCGGAGUACCUAUUCCAAUCCAUUGGCGGUCCAGCAGUUGUGUUCAGAGAUGACGUCACGCUUGGUCCGCUAGUACCUAUGUAUGCCAAUGUUACCAAUAGUUAUGUAUCUGUAGCCACCACGGCGGGACGUGUCACGCUUCUGAAGAGUCGGUUCGUCAAGCUGCAACGCUUUCGGGCCACAUAUCGUCGUCACAAUUGUGGCGGAAAUCUCGAGGCAUCUGAGGGGCUAGUGAUUCCGUCACCGGAUCUAUUGGCCUUCAUUGACAAUGAUUAUGGCGAACUGGAGUGCCUGUGGACGCUGAGAAAGAGCAACGGCUAUGUAAUCGAUGGGAAUAUAACCCUCACCGAUAGCUGCGAUCGCGAGUACCUAGUGAUCUUUAGCGGGACCAAGGAGGUAGCACGACUGUGUCGGGGCAUGACCAUGAAUGGCACGCUCCUUGAGCGCAUAUUUACAAAGAUCAUCUACCAUUCAGAUCGACGAGUUCUGCGUCAAAAAACAUCCUUUAACUUGCAAGUGAGGAGAUCCAUAUCCAGCGGGAAUGUGGUUCGCCUUGACCAGCGACCAUCUCCACCGGUUACAAUUCAGAGCGUGGAUUACGUAAACAACAUGGAACGCAUCUGGGAGUUUGCCACCAGUGAGGGAUUGUCCCAAAGGAUGCAGUUCCAGAAUCGAUUCUUCAUCGAGACAUCUCCCAAUUGCUCGAAUGACCGCUUGACUGUGGAGCGCUACGACCGGGACGCAGCAUCCUUUGUCGAGGUGACCAGCCUCUGUGGCCGACAGGUGCCAGCUGAGAUACUAAUACCGUCCUCCAGGAUGCGUGUCAUUUUCCGUACGAAUGCUAACGUAACCGGCGACGGCUUCAGUUUUACUGUCUCCCCCAGCUGCGAUGCUACACUGCAGGCUAGAGCCAAUAAGCAGACGAUCAACAGUCCCACCUGGGCUACCGCGCGCGGUCAGAAGCUUAACUGCAGCUACGUGCUCCUUUCGAGCGACGACCACCAAAUUGCGGUAACUGUGACGACCAGCGGGCGUUCAUGGACCGAGUUUAUCUGCACCAAGUCCUACUUUGAGGCCUACAAGAGCGGCGCUCAGGGUCAGGAUGUGAGCAUUGGCAGGUUCUGUCCGGAAUUCGAGGUGAAUGGCCGCGGAAGAUUGCGGCUACAGUUUGUCUCAACAGCACUGCGACGGUUCCAGCUGCAUUACCAGCUUAUAGGAUGCGGUGGCAACCACACCGAGCCUUUCUCCCUACGUCCCCCGCAAGAUGAUGGAGACUCUGGCAGAUAUGCGCACAACUUAAAGUGCAAAUGGCGAAUUACGGCGCCGCAGCAGCACGCCAUUGUGUUGGAGUUCAAGUACUUCGACUUGGAGAAGAGCCAGACCUGCAAUUUUGACAGUUUGACCAUUUACCGUGGCUCAACGGCCACCCAGGAGCAGAUGCAGCGACAGUUGUGCGGCAAUCAGACGGACCCACCCACUAUUAUGGUGGAUAGCAACGAGGCACUGGUUGUCCUCACCACGGACAGUUCCAACAACCAGAGAGGCUUCCUGGCCAGCGUUCGCUUCACGCCGAACUGCAACGAGCAAGUGACCUUGGACCAGUCCGUGCCCCGGAUGAAUCUGAUGCGCUCGUUCAGGAUCAAUGUCAGCGAAACCUUACUGUGCCAGUUCCGGGCCAAUGUUCCGGCGGACCAACGGCUGUCCGUGGAGCUGCGCAAGCUGCAGCUUAAUGAUGACUCCUGUCGCACCUGCAGCUACAUAGAGAUUCGCGACAGCAGGGUCGUCGAAAGCCAAAGUCUGGGCAGGUUUCAUGCAUUAGGCUCAAACCGGACCAAGGUCUUUAGUUCCUACGCGGACAUGCUUAUCCAGCUCAGCGCCACAGCAACGCUGUCUAGGAAUAUCAGCUUCGAGCUAAUCCUGCAAAUGGAAACCACGGUGUGUGGUCAGACGGAGUACGAUAUGAGCUUGAAUGAGAGUUUCUCACUGGGACUGAAGUACGAUAAUGCCACCAAGGGCUAUGAGGGGAGUAUCCAGUGCACUUGGACCAUUAGGUCCGAAGGAGAUGUGGAAAUCGAAUUGAAGCAUCUCAAUCUCACUGAAAUAUCUCAACGGACGGGAAAGUGCGAGGACUACUUGCGCUUGGCUAAGAUAUCUGUAAAUUUUUGCGGUUAUUACAAUCAAAGCUAUAGAAUGAUUAGAGAUAUCAGAAAACGUGACAUUUUGGAACUUACCUUCCACAGCUCGGCGUUUAAUGAGUUUACAGGGUUCGAAGUAGUUUUUCGUCGUAAACCAACAUGCAAUCGAAACUACACCGACCUGAGCCAGAUCAUUGAGACCGACUCCUUGGCCAACUGCACAGAGUAUAUUCGAGUGCCAGAAGGUUACAGCAUAACCCUGCACGUCCUUUCUGUGCUGUUCGAAACCGAAGAUCGGCACUACUUCAACGUAACGGAUCUUAAGACCAACAAGACCAUUUUUACCACCACGAACACUCAAUGGGAAACCGUUACAAGGUUUACAACCACCAACGAGCUGCGCCUGGACAGUGUGGGUGUCGGCACCCUCAAGUUUUUCUACUUCUCCACCAGCAACAAGUUCCCCAGCGGCUGCGGUGGCGACUUGGCUGUGCACGGGUCUAUGGGAAGCCAUGGGAAUCCCUCCUACGAUGGUCGCAAUGAUUCCCUUUGCUCUUGGACUGUGUCAGUCCCACCAGGCGGUAAUUUGCGUUUUAGCUUCUCAGUUUUCGACAUGGGUUCGGAGAACAAUUGCAAUCUGGACAAUAUACGAUUUUACACUGUCAAUGCUGUUGAUUUCAAACCUGUUAAAACCCUUUGUGGAUCCACCAGGCCGGAUGACUUUACCAUAACGCAUAAUAACGUGAUUAUUGUUGCAAAGAAGUCGCCAAAUUUUAGUGGUUUGGGAUUCCAACUGGAUAUUAAUUUAAUCGAACCAUAAUACUCGAUAUAUAAACAACCUAAUUUAUAAGCGAUUAAACAAAUAAUUAAUA